GCCUAACCGGAGCAAACAUCACUUAGUUAAUAUAUUUAUUAAUUUAUAAAUAUGAAACUGUUCAUCGUUGCCGCCGUUCUUGGUGUCUGCUCAGCAGCCCGCUUAGACAACGCCUACCUUCCUCCGAGAGGAGGAGAUGGUGCAGGCUAUGGCGCCACAGGUUCCGGUUUCCGAGGAUCCAGUUUUGGUUCUGGCGGUAGUGGAUUCGGCUCCGGCGGUGGAUUCGGCUCUGGAAAUGGUGGCUUCGGAGCUGGAAAUGCAGGUUACGGUGCCGGGAACGGUUUCGGAGCGGGAGGCGCAGGCAGUUUUGGAGGCGCUGGUGGUUACAACGCAGGUGGUGUAGGAGGUGGCAGGCAAUCUGCUGACGCUAGUGCUCAAAUUCUGAAACUUAACAGUGAAGUCACCGCCGAAGGCUUUUCUUACGAAUACGAAACCUCAAACGGAAUCAGAGCCGAUGCUUCCGGUGUAGCCACCAAUGGUGUCCAGUCUCAGGGAAGCUUCUCCUACAAGGGUGAUGACGGUCAGGACUACAGCAUCACAUAUACUGCUGAUGAGAACGGCUACCAACCCCGUGGUGCUCAUCUCCCUACCCCUCCCCCAAUCCCAGAAGAGAUUCUGAAGAGCUUGGAACAGAACGCGAGAGAUGAAGCAGCCGGCAUUGUUGAUGAUGGUCAGUACCGCGGUGAAGGAGCUGAUGCUGGUCGUGGAGGAUAUGGUGCUCAAGGAUCCGGUUAUGGUAACCAGGCAUCCGGUUUCGGUGGCCAAGGAUCCGGCUUUGGUGGUCAAGGAUCCGGGUUCGGAGGUCAGGGCUCCGGUGGACGUGGUUCCAGCUUCGGCAGUCAGGGAUCCGGGUUUAACGGGCAAGGUUCAAGCUUCGGCGGUCGUGGUUCAGGAUUUGGCGGACAAGGUUCCAGUUUUGGAACUCCUUCUAGGCAAUACUUGACACCUAACGCUGGACGUGGAUCCGGAAACGGUAACUUCAACGCUCAAUCUGGAUACCGUUACUAAACGCAUCCUUCGGUAAUUUUGCUUUUGACCACCGAAUUACCUAAUGUUUUUGAAGUUACCAGAUAUUUCUUUGAUGACGUAGUUUAACAAUAUUUGAAACCAGAUAAUAUUAUUACACCACUAUUUCGACUAAAGCCUAAAUAAACAUAUAUAUUGUAGGUAAAUGUAUCUAAAAAUUCCACUUUUAAAAAAAAUAUAGCUAUUGUUUUGAAAGCGUAUGAAGCUAUAUUUGUUGCCUAUUAGGCAUUGGUUUCUAUGUACAAGGAAAAUUUUGUUUUUUUUUUUGUUUUUUUUUUAAGUUGUACUAAUUAAGCUAAGGUCAUCAUUGUUGAGCCCGUUUGUACUCCUAAUAAGCUGUGAACCAUUUAUGUGAUUUGCUUUGAUUUCGCCAAAACCAUCUUAUCAACUCAAUAAUUUCAUAUAUUAGCUUCUAUACAAAAUUGUGUUAUCUGUGGUGAAAUCAAAUAGUCCUACAAACUUCAUCUAUAUCCCAUUCCUUUCCCUCUUCAUUAAUGAUCUCAACCAUAACAUCUUCCCUCUCUCUUAUACUUGCUUAUAAAUAAGUAUAGAUUACUUGGCAAUGUAAAUGGACAGUACUAGGUUUAAGCAUGACGAUGGAUUACAAAUAAAAUAUAGCUUUUAAUUGUAAAUAUGAACUAAAUA